AUGUCAGCAUCAUGUCAGCAUCAUGUCAGCAUCAUGUCAGCAUCAUGUCAGCAUUAUGUCAGCAUCAUGUCAGCAUUAUGUCAGCAUCAUGUCAGCAUCAUGUCAGCAUCAUGUCAGCAUCAUGUCAGCAUCAUGUCAGCAUCAUGUCAGCAUUAUGUCAGCAUCAUGUCAGCAUCGUGUCAGCAUCAUGUCAGCAUCGUGUCAGCACCAUGUCAGCAUUACGUCAGCACCAUGUCAACAUCAUAUCAGCAUUCACGUCAGCAUCCAUUUCAGCAACAUGUCAACAUGUCAGCAUGCAUUUUAGCAUCAUGUCAGGAUUGUCACAAUCAUGUCAGCAUCAUGUCGGUAUCCAUGACUCAUCUAUAUGAGACAAUAGUUCUGGUAGUUAUAGUCAUCGUGGCUGCGUCGGCGGAGCCAGAAGGUGGCUAUGGUGGUCUUGGGUCUGGUGGACCUGGAUCUGGUGGACCUGGAUCUGGUGGACCUGGCUCUGGUAGCCUGGGCGCUGGAGUGCUAGGUACCGACGGGCUAGUAGGUCAGGCUCAGUAUGUAUCCUCGCCAUUUAGAGGACAGGGUGCUGGAAGACUGGGAGGAGGAGGAGGAGGAGAUUACGGCUACGCCCCCGCCAGUUACAACUUCCAGUGGGACGUUAACGACAGUCCCUCAGGCAAUUUCUACGGUCACGGAGAAAAGAGGGAUGGUGACAAUACCCAGGGCAGUUACUACGUACAACUACCGGAUGGUCGUAAGAUGGUAGUUAAUUACGUCGUGGAUCAGUUCGGCUACAACCCCACCGUCACCUUCGAGGGCGAAGCCCAGUUCCCCAGUGGUACUGGGCAAGGUACUGGGUCUCAGCAAGGUUACUACCAGUAGAUCACUCACACUCUUCCCAGCAACACUCUCAGACCAGUGGUACUAGGCAAGGUACCGGGUCCCAGCAAGGUUACUACCAGUAGAUCACUCACACUCUUCCCAGCAACACUCUCAGACCAGUGGUACUAGGCAAGGUACUGGGUCCCAGCAAGGUUACUACCAGUAGAUCACUCACACUCUUCCCAGCAACACUCUCAGACCAGUGGUACUGGUCAAGGUACUGGGUCCCAGCAAGGUUACUACCAGUAGAUCACUCACACUUCCCAGCAACACUCUCAGACCAGUGGUACUGGUCAAGGUACCGGGUCCCAGCAAGGUUACAACUAACACUCUUUUCAGCUCCAUCCUCAGCCCAGCUUUCUUUUUUUCAAGUAAUCCCAAGAUGGCUGACGUUUCAUAAGACAUGUCUCAAUUCCUCAUCUUGUUAAUGUUUUUUUGAUGUUUCGAGAAUUUAAAAAAAAAAAAGAGAAUAAAGACAUAUAAAUGA